CACUGCAGAGGAAGCAGCAAACACUGUCUCUUGAUGGAGGGAGUGGUAGAAAUCUGCUGGUUCUGUCCUGGAGGCCUUGAUGAUGACUUAUUUGACAAGUGUCUGACCUUCACCAAUCUUCAUGGAGAUGCCAAGGAACAUAGACAACAACUCAGCUUCCUGCAAGAUGUCUCUUCUCUCAUUGUGAUCCUCAUGUCAGCUUCUGAUACCAAUGAAGAAAAUAAAAAGCUUGUCAAACACCUCUGUAAGUCAGCAACACCUUUGAUCUGCUUGAUUGAUGACAAAGAAAAGGCUGUAGCAAAUUAUUCUGGUAAAAGAAUCAAAAUUGGCAUUAAGAAUAGAAAUGAGGCAGAAUUAACAGAGGAGCUCACCAAUGCCAUCAAACUUUUGCUAGAGCUCUCUAAUACUGCUCUCAGUUUGGAGGACUGUUCACAGACAGCUAGAAAACAAGGAUUCCUUAUUGAUGAAGACCAGAGAGACUGCAAGGAAGCCAAGGAAACGUCACAGAUCAUAAUGGCCCUCCUGGAGGAAUGCAAGUUAUCUCAGACAAAAGAAAAUUUACUACCCCUUCAAGGACAACUUUGGCACCUUUGGUGUAAGAAAGACAAAGAGUUCUAUCAUCUGAGAGAAAAGGGGAAUCGGAGCAUUGAACAACAUAAGAGUGAGAUUGAAACAGAUAAAAGAAUAAUUCGGCGUCGGCAAUUGGAAAAAGCCUUUCCUCUUAAUGAUUUAAUGCGCUCUGUUCUCGAACUCCUCCAAGACUAUUCAGAAACCCAUCACAAACUCUACUUUUUGAAGUGGCUGACUCUGUUUUUUGACAACCUGACUAUAGAACACCUGGAAAAGUUACAUGAAAAGCAGAGAUCUUUGUGGUUAAUGGUACAAAGAGAAAAGCAAAGAGCACAGAAGAGCAACUCCCUGACACUCUGGCAGAAGCAGAUAGAAGCCAUCUCCACAGAGAUUCAGGACUGUACUUUAGGAAUUGAGCACCUUCUCCGAGAAGUUGCCCAGAUCUAUGAAGCUCUGGAAGAAACUUCCUCCUCUAGAGAUAGCCUUUUUCUCUGCCUCCCUCAAAUUGCUGCAGACCUGAUGAUAGCUGGUAUUCCCAUUGAGCUAAUGGAUGGAGAUGCUUCAUACGUGCCUCUAAAGUGGGUAGCAGCUAUU